AUGUGGUCGAAUUUGAUUUUACUUGCGGAUACUGCGGUUAUGGUUUGGGAAGAAGAACAACGUCGUCGUCGUGGAGAAGAAGAUCGCGACAAGAGUUUCUUCUAUCUUUUCCCGAGGAAGAGAAGGUCGUCUUUGGUAAAGAGAAGAUACACACAAUUACAAAACCCUAAUGAGGCUUCUAGAAUGUCUUAUUCUUCAUCGCUCGAUGAUCACGAGAGGGAAAACAAAAAAAACCCUAGUUUUUUUGAUGAGCCUGUGGUGUAUGAUGCAGAGCUACGUGCAAAGAAGGGGAAAUCUAAGAUGUCUUCAUCGUUCCUGAACCGUCGUUGUUAUAAUUACCCUUCGUUACUCCUCGGUUACAACACGGCUAAGUCUGAGAAGACAGAGACGAGCGACCCUCUUUACGAACCAUGCCUAAAGGAUAACACGACAAGCCGCAAGAGGCGUGCCGUGCAACAGAGGAAGGGCGGUAAUUUCAAGAAAGCAAAGGUUGCUUCUUUCCCAAGGAGGACGGAUACAGAUGCACCGGAUUGGAUUUUUCAGGUGAUGAGAAGAAUGGGAGCUGAUGCCGCAAACCCGUUGCUAAUCUUUGAGAAGGGCCUAAAAGCGAGUGAUGUGAAAUCAGGCCAGAGUCGUCUCUUAAUCCUAUUCCAGCAGCUCAUCAGGAACGACUUCUUGACGCCAGGGGAGUAUCGAGCCAUAAAUAAAGACGAAUACAAGGAAAACGACGAUGAUAAUAUUGGUGUUGGAGCGAUUUUAGUAAACCAAAGAUGUGAAAAGUGGGGUGUGCGUUUUAAGAUAUGGGCGAUGGAGAAAGACAGUGGACACGGGACCUUGAAUUACGCUUUGAACUGGGGGUGGAACGAUGUCGUCAAGGGUAACCACUUAAAAAAGGACGACAAGAUCAGUCUUUGGACUUUCAGGUGCCGUGGAGUACUCUGCUUUGCUCUUGAGACAUACUAA